UCUCAAGAUGGCGCUGUGCGCAAUGAGGAAAGCGCGUGGGAGCCGGAACGUCAUCCGGGCACUUCACAAAGGACCCGAAGUUGCUUCCCCUCCCCAGAAAGACAGCAUGAAGCGAGUGUUUUCUGGCAUUCAGCCUACAGGAAUCCUCCACCUGGGAAAUUACCUGGGAGCCAUUGAGAGCUGGGUGAAGUUACAGGACCAGUACAACACGGUGCUUUACAGCAUUGUUGACCUCCACUCCCUCACUGUCCCCCAAGACCCCGCCACCCUUCGGCAGAGCAUCCUUGACAUGACUGCUGCUCUCCUUGCCUGCGGCAUAAACCCAGAGAAAAGCAUCCUUUUCCAACAAUCUCAGGUGUCCGAGCACACACAAUUAAGUUGGAUCCUUACCUGCAUGGUCAGACUGCCUCGAUUACAACAUCUACACCAGUGGAAGGCGAAGGCUGCCCAGCAGAAGCGCGAUGGAACAGUGGGUCUGCUCACAUAUCCCGUACUCCAGGCAGCCGACGUUCUGUCCUACAAGUCCACACACGUUCCUGUUGGAGAAGAUCAGGUCCAACACAUGGAGCUCAUUCAAGAUCUAGCCCAAGGUUUCAACAAGAAGUAUGGACAUUUCUUUCCAGUGCCCCAGUCCAUUCUAACACCCAUGAAGAAGGUGAAAUCCCUCCGUGACCCUUCUGCCAAAAUGUCAAAGUCAGACCCUGACAAACUGGCCACUGUUCGGAUUACAGACAGCCCAGAGGAGAUAGUGAGUAAGUUUCGCAAGGCUGUGACAGACUUCACCUCUGAAGUUACCUAUGACCCUGCUAGCCGAGGGGGCGUCUCCAACCUGGUAGCAAUCCACGCUGCAGUGACAGGACUCUCAGUGGACGAAGUGGUCCAGAGCAGCGUGGGCACCGACACUGCCCACUACAAGCAGGUGGUGGCAGAUGCUGUCAUUGAGAAAUUUGCUCCAAUUAAGCGUGAAAUUGAAAAACUGAAGAUAGACAAGGACUAUUUAGAGAAGAUUUUGCGCACUGGAUCAGCAAAAGCUAAAGAAUUAGCAUAUCCUGUGAUCCAAGAGGUGAAGAAAUUGGUGGGGAUUCUAUAGGCACCAUCAAACUAAUCACAAGAGGAACUGUAUCUUGCAUUGUGGACACUGAAAUAAAGUAGCUUUUGCCAAUUUCUGCACACACACGCACACACACACACACUGAUACACCCAAUUUGGGGACAGUUCAUCAUUUAAUUUUGUAUAGCUGAUUAUUGGCUUCAUUUGAUGAAUGAGGCUUUAUAGUGUUCAAAUAAUAUUCUGAAUCUCAUCAAUGAAAUGUGAUCAGCCAACAAAAAAUACUAAAGAAGGCAUAGUUGUGUGAAUCCCCAAUUAUUUGAGGCAUGCUCUUUGAUCUGAAUGUAUCCAUACAAAUGUAAUUAAAGAGAGCAAGCAGUAACUUGGGAAAUGGGGUAGGAUGUGUGUUUCCUUCCUUGAGUACUUAUUGUAACAGGUGUUCACUUAACCAAGCCGUGGUGGUUUUCUGGUUUUGUUUUGUUUUGUUUUGUUUUGUUUAGUACCAGGGAUUGAACUCAGGUCCUUGAGCUUGCGAGGCAACCACCAGAACCACUGAGCUAAAUCCCAAGCCCCAAGCCCUUUUAAAAAGCAGUACAUUGAGGUCUUAGACUUGAAAUCCGUGAGACAUCAUUUGAUUGACUUUGUAUUCACGUCUUAGUCAUUUUCCCUUCACUGGCACAAAAUACCUAACACCCACAACUUACAGGAGGGAUGGUUUGUUUUGGCUAAUGGUUUCUAGAGGAUUCAGUCCAUAGUCAGCUGGCUCAACGGCAGGAGGGGCAUGGUAGAAGGGUCUGGCAGAGAGAAGCUGCUUUUGUCAUGCAGGGCAGGAAGCAAGAGAGGGAAAGAAGAGCCAGGGACAAGAAUGUACCCUUCCAGGUCACACCACCCGCUACCACGCCCAACUCCUAACAGCUAUGGCCGUCAGUGGGUGAAUUGUUUGAUGAGUAUAGCACCUCAUGAUGCAGUCACCUUCUAAAACAGCUCUGAAUGCAUGAGGCUUUAGGGGACAUUCUGGUCUAAACCAUAACAGAUUUCCUAAGAGCAGGUUGGUUACUAUACGUAGUUCCUCUGUCAAUGAGAUAUUGCCUGCCCUAGUGUUUUUAAGCUGCUUGUUUGCCCAGGCACCAGACUGAUCAUUCCAGCAAAUAUUUGUCUGCUUCUUAACUGAAACGUGGAAUACUCUCUUCCGAAAACAUUUCAUUAUUUCACCUUGAUUCAUGCAUUGUACAAGAGCCCAAGUUCCUGAGUUAUAUUCUUAAUGAGCACUUUUUUGCAUUCUUCUCAGUUUAGUCUCACCGGCCUCCUAGGAAAUACAUAGGAGAGGAAUUGCCAUUUUCAUAAGCAGAAGGUAAAGCUGAGGGAGAACAGUUAGCUCAUAAAAGAUGAAGCAAGUCUAAGAGUUAAACCUUUACUCCUCGAGAAGAGUUGUGUAUUUUUUUUUGCUUUUUUUGUUGUUGUUUUAUUUUUGUUUUUAAUUUUUUUUCAGUUGCACAAAGCUCUGAGAGGCAGCAUGUUUGACCCUGCAAACAUUGUGAUUUUGACAGUGCGUUUUGGAAAUAUAAGUCCUGAACUACUGAUUUCAUUUAUGUCUACAAGUCAGCCAACAGCAACCCAUUUUAAAUCUCUAUUCACCCAACCUUGGUCACAUUUGCCCCCCAGAAUUGCAAAGGCAGUUCCCAAGUUUUCUCUUUUUUACUAUUACAGGACUUCACAGUGUAUACUGACAGAUGAAGUGGUACUGAGACCUUACGUAUUCGAUAUGCGGAGAAGCUUCUUGUCUCACUUCUACCUCGUUCUCUCUACGUAAUAAUAAAUCACUCUGACGCCUAGCCUCUGUGCACAUAGUUCCUACAGCUGAACAAGAAAAUGAUGAUCCUGACUCUAUGUCAGGACCUGGUAGUGAGAUUGAUUUUGUAACAGAAAUUGCUUGCAAUAUUUUGCAACCUUGGUCACCAUUUGCACAUAACCAGGAUGUUAGGCAAAAAACUUUCCACUCAUGGUACUUGACAGGAGGAAGUAGAGUGAUCCUUAGAACAGAACAGACCUAAAUCUACAAAGGUCCAUAUCCUAGUAUCCAAAUUAAAAGCUCCUCUUGAGGAUUCUUGGAGCUAGCUUGGUUCAUGGGAAAAAAAAAUACUUUACCUUUUGGAUCUUCUCUUGAAAUUGCAUAUCCAUUGUCCUGGAGCAUCUUUGGGUAUAUUUAUUCCAAAGCUCUCCCCAGCCCUUUCUGAGGAACCCUAUUCUGAAACUAGAAAAUAACAAAAUUAAUAG